CCUCUGCUGAUAACCGCUGAGAUAAAUCAAAAUGGCGUUUAACUAAUUUUCCACUAUUAAUUAAUUGAUUUAUUUAUUCGGAGAAUACCAAACAGCUGGCAUUAUUUUAUACAUUUUAAUACUUAUCCAGAAUUUUGGAAAAUAUGGAGCCAGUUUCCUCUGGAGAUUCCAUUGAUAGCCAUAAUAAAACCUCAAAAAGCGAAAUGUCUGUUAAGAAACGUCAUAAAAAGGAACACAAGCAUAAGGAGCACAAGCACAAAAAACAGGUAGUAGAUAAAGUUAAGAAACAUAAAAAACACAAAAAGCAUAAGAAGCGGCAUUCUGAGAAUGAACUCGAAAACGAUCGGUAUACGCCAGAAAUAUCCUCAGCAAAAAUUGAAGUAUCUAAAGUUAGUGAUAAUCAUCUUACUAAUGGUAAAUCUUAUUCAGGCAUAGACAACAAGAAAAAUACACCAUCCAAAGCUGAAAUAGAUGCCGUUGUUAACUAUGUAGGUGCCGGUUUAAAUGAGACUCACUCUUUAGAGGUGAUUUCUUCUGAGAGCGAGCUUGACCAACCUGAGGCAGACUGUGACAGUGACGCUAUCGACGUUGCCGUUAUUGAAGCUGAUAUGGAUUUGGAGGAAUUAAUGAGACAGAAGGAACUGUUACAAGCAGAAAUAGCCAAAACCAGUUCGGAGAUUGUUGUAAGUCCUACAUCCAAUCUUCGUCACACCCACGAUACUGACGAGAAACCAACUGAUGAAGUUAUAUUGUUAGACGAUUCCAGUAAUGACGGGGUUCCGGAAAUUAAUCACAGAACAAAACGGCCGAAAAGUCGCGAACGAAGGGUAGUAAUUAAUCCGACUCCUAUCAAGAAAAGACGUGCUGACACCAGAGAAAUGGUUUACAACGAUCAUCAACGCUUGGACGUCUACCGUAGAUCGAAGGAUGCCGAUCACAAAUACAAAGAUCGUAAAAAUGAUCAUCUGAGAAACAAAGAUAGGUACCAAGACGCUCGGGAUAAAUACAAAGAUUUUUCACGGGAUAGAAAUUACCAGGACAGAUCUAGGGACAGGUUAAAACGGCGAUCGAUUGACAGAGAGCGUCCCCGUGAGAAACCAGGGUACAGGGUGAUCGACAGACGCUCUAGGGAUAAAUCCAAGGAGAGGGCGUACGAUAGAGACAGACAUAGGGAUAGACAACUUAGGGAUAAAUAUUAUAGAAACAGUGACAAGAACGAUAAGAAGCAAGUUAAGAUGGACAAGUUUAAAGAUUCUUUAAGUGAGGGGUUGCAUAAAGAUGUAAGUAGCAGUGAGAAUGAGGUGGAGCUUGAUAUUGACAUGAAGGAGGAUGAAGAGGAUGAACAACAGAUAAUUGCUAAACGUCGACAACAACGUGAGGAAUUAUUGAAGCGUUUGGGAGGAAUGAGCGAAGACUCCAAUACAGCGACAUCUGUAACAACACCAGUGUUACAACCGCCAGCUGCAGAAACUCCCAAGGAGGAAGUAGUCAUAGCUCCAGAAUCCCCACCACCACCACCGCCGCCAGCGCAAGCGCAGCCAAUAAAAGAAUCCACCGAAAGUAAUCCAGAAGAAUCAUUGACGCCACCUCUUUUACCAAAUAUGAAAGCAAUGGCUGUGGAAGUUAAAACGGAUAAAGAAGCGAAAACCAAAAAACCGGAAUGGGACAUGUUUGCGGAUGAUCACUCCUUUAAAAAAGAACACAAUUCCCCAAACACCAUCGUGCGCAAAGGAAACGAAAUCGAAAAUCCCGCCCUCACCGACAAUUGGGACGACGCCGAAGGGUAUUACAGGGUUAGGAUCGGAGAAACCUUGGACUCUCGAUAUAUCGUAUUCGGCUAUAUCGGUCAGGGGGUAUUCAGCAAUGUAAUCGUCGCCAGAGACCAAGGCAGAGGUAAUCAGGAGGUCGCAGUGAAAAUUAUUCGGAAUAACGAAAUUAUGCAUAAAACUGGUAUAAAGGAACUGGAGGUGUUAAAAAAAUUAAAUGACGCCGACCCCGAAGACCGGUUUCAUUGUUUAAGGUUGUUUAGAAGUUUCUUCCACAAGCAGCAUUUGUGUUUAGUAUUCGAACCGCUAUCCAUGAACUUGAGGGAGGUUUUGAAGAAAUAUGGAAAAGAUGUCGGACUUCACAUAAAAGCCGUUCGUAGUUACACACAGCAGCUUUUGCUAGGGUUGAAAUUGCUUAAGAAGACUGGUAUUCUUCACGCAGAUAUAAAACCGGACAAUAUUUUAGUAAACGAAAGUAAAUUAGUAUUAAAGUUGUGCGAUUUUGGAUCUGCCUCGUUAAUUAGCGAUAACGAGAUAACGCCAUAUCUGGUGUCGCGAUUUUAUCGCGCGCCCGAAAUUAUCUUAGGGAUUCCGUACGAUUUCGGUAUAGAUAUGUGGUCGGCCGCUUGUACCAUUUACGAGUUGUACACUGGAAGAAUUUUGUUUUCUGGCAAGUCCAAUAACCAGAUGCUUAAAUUCUUUAUGGAUUUAAAAGGGAAAUUUCCAAAUAAAGUUAUUAGACGAGGAGCCUUUAAGGAACAACAUUUCGAUAGUAAUUGCAAUUUUUUGUAUCACGAAAUAGAUAAAGUUACCGAGCGGGAAAAAAUUGUAGUGAUGUCAAUGGUGAAAGCUUCCAGAGACUUACAGUCUGAGCUUGUGGCCGGUCAAGCUCUACCACCAGAUCAGCUACGUAAGGUGACACAGCUCAAAGACUUUCUGGAGAAGGCGCUCUCCAUUGAUCCGGCUAAACGCAUCAGCCUGAAUAAUUCGCUAACGCAUCCUUUCAUUCAGGAUAGAAUAUGAGACAAGGUUUAGAGGUAAAAGUAUUGGGAAGUCCCGAGAAGGCUUAGUUACGAUACUAUCACGACGCAUAGCGAAUUUUUUUUAAAAAUACAAUGAUCCUUUAUUAUACAAAAGAAAUUUUAUUAAGUUAAUUGAAGUUAUUGUAAGAUGGUAUCACGUUAUGUGAAAAUUUUAAUAAAAACGAAAUCAGUACAGAGUGAAUUUAUACUCGUAAAUGCAUGGUCAGAACUUUAUUCAGCAAUAAUUUUUGUUACAGAAAGCGGUGGAAUUGGCUUUCCAAAACUGAACUAAGAGUCUCAUUUGACAAGGUAUUCUAUGUGGGAGUAUGCAGUAUUGUAAAAGUAAUACGGCAAAGAGUAUAUUUGGCACAAUCAGUCAUAGUACGAUAUUCCAAAAAUGCUCUUUGCUAAUCUUACAAAUUUCGAAACACAAUCUCCACUACAAUUGUAUAUUGUUUUCCAUUUAGAUGGCAAGUGCAAGACAAGGAGAAGUACUAUGAUGGCAUGAGCUUAAAAGAAGGCAAUGUGGAUGCAAGAGAGAGAUACAUUGUUUUUAGAGUGUCUGCCCUUUUGAUUGCAGGGUACAAUUCUGUUCAUGCCAUAGGAAACUCCAUUAUGGUAAUUUAUGAAAGUAAUUUCUUUGCGUGCAUUUAACAUGACUUCGAGAUUUAAACCUGAAUUGAGUUUUAGGGCAACCAAAACUAUCAUAGUCUGUAAGAAAUUACCCCAGUAGGUAAGUGAGCAAUCUAAAAUAUGCAAAGCGUAUUCGAACAAGUGCUGCGACCACAUUUCUCUAUUACUCCCUUAACUUACACUCCUCUGUACUGAUCGAAUUUUGAGGUGUUCGAGGAAAGGAGGUUGAUUAUACAGGAUGGUAUCGUCACUGUUGCUGUACAAUUUUAAAAUUGUUUUUAAAAGUUAUUUUUGUAUCAUACACAUUUGUCAAAGCAUAAUGAUAAUAAAGACUUUAAGCUGGCUAA